CCUCACCGCCGUCUGUCACUUGUCAUUCAAUGCCCAAAUAUUUUCCCAAUUUUCAUACUUUUCCACCCUCGGGAGCCCCUUUGCCGUCACCAUGAAGAAAAAUCACCCUCGUAAACCCUCCAGCGGGCGUUGUUGUCGCUGUUCGUGUGAUAGCCCCAAACACGUCGCCUCCCCCAAAAUAUCGAAUAUUGCCGCCGAAAGGCUGACACUCUUGCCGGGGUUUCUCUCGAAAGGGGUCAAGUCUUUGAAAGCUUCUCCAAUCUCAGACCAUGACGACAGCCCCGUGAACCCCCCCAAGGUGAGGCGCUCGUGGCGACUGUGCAAGAAAAAUCAGCCCAUGACAGUGUCAGGCUACUUCCACAAAUUGAUUGAAGAUAAAGGGAAAAGCAUUUUUCGAGAAAUUAAGGAGAAAUUGAGAGAAGAGGAGCCUGUCGAUGAAGGAUUCGAAAGGAGGAUUUUCCAAAAUUUACACAAUUUUGAGCUGAAGGACUCGGAAUUUUAUAGGAAGGGGAUCGAGGAGGAGGUGGCAGCUAUUAAUAACGUCCUGAUAGGGGAAGGGCGAAAUAUGUCUAAUAGAAAAAGGGUGUACAAUGAGGAAGAUAAGGAAAAUUAUCCAAUCAAAUUCCCCUACGUGCCUCCUUCCAGCUGGGUUUUCCAGACCCCUCCAAAUCGAAAACUCAGCUAUAAUCAUGUCAAAGUUGAUGAUAAAGGAAUAAAGCCCGCCGUUAUUGAAACCCGCAAUGAAAAAAAGGUUGUGUAUGAAAUGAACAAGAAGAUUAAUGUGGAUCUGACUGGGUUCAGCAACAACCAAGAAAUCAACAUUGACAAAAGAUACAUGGUGGAAGUCGCAGGGUCUACUUUUACUGAAGAAGAAGAUGACAAGAUUGAUUUUCUCCAGAACGACUCUUUGGAACUCGAGAACCACUUCCUUAGCCUCACUUGUCGUCCAAAGAAGGUCACCACAGCACUGCCAAGGUUUGCUACACUUAAAAGAAAACGUGAUAUUUUUGAGCCUCAACCAGGUUGUUCGACUGACGCAGACGAUUACAAACCGAACGUUUGUUUUUUGGAUUCUCUGAACUUGACCAGUUUAGAGGAAUCGUUCACUUUCAAAUUUACAAGUAGUGAUAAUGUUGAAGGGUCUACUACAGGACAUCUCUUCGAUUAUGAUGGGAAUAAGAAAAAUUCGUUCAAUUUUCGUUUCUAGACUGACUGCGUAUGUAAAUAGGGAGAGUUUUUAUUUUAUUUUCUUAUUACUUUUGUGGUUUUUCCUGUGCAAUCGUUAUAAUGGAGUUUUUCGAUGAUUUUAUCGUUCCUAUGCAAUAUUAAAUUAGAUGUGUUCAAUUGAAGAAUAUUUAAAUUUGAUUAAUUUAAACGAUCACUCGUGAUUAAUUACUAUCUUAAGCAAAACUGUUGUUAAUAAAAUACU